CAGGCAUUCUGCACCUGUUUAAAUUCCCAAGCUGCAGGAAUCCAGCGGUUGUUAAUUACCUCAGUGUUUUAGAUAAAGCCUCCCUGAAUGCUGGAGGCCCUCGCUUUCUGCUGGUUGCUGGCUGAAGGUGCAGUUUGCUCCGUGAUGAGACACCGUGUGUUGAUCUGCGGACACAGCAUGGUGUUCUGGACAGCCCGCCAAGCCAGGAGGAGCCAUUUUGGAAGCCAGCUGGGGCUGUCAGAUAAGGCCAUCAUUGAGUGGAGAGGUAAACGUGCCCUGCGGUGGCACAGGCUCCUGCAUCUGUUGUUUGGCGAAAGCCAGUGUCUGCCCCCUCAUGUUCUGGUUAUACAUUUGGGUGGCAAUGAUUUGGGUUUUGUUAAAGACAAAGCCCUGGUUCUUCAGGCCAUACACAACAUGCGGCUCAUUCGUGAGAGAUGUCCUUUUAUUACAUUAAUAUGGUCGGCAAUGUUGCCGCACCAAGUUUGGAAAUGUGGUUGUGAUCCACAUAUCCUUAAUAGGGCCCGCAGAUGGGUCAAUAAUAAAAUUCACAAUGCAAUGAAUGGAGGACUGGGUUUUUAUUUGGCACACGAUGAUAUCAUGUUGCUGAGGCCUGAGCUCUACCGAGCUGAUGGCAUUCACCCUUCUGAGGUGGGGAACCAGAUAUUUCUUAGAGACCUGCAAGCUGGGGUGGCGGCCUGCUUGGCAAGCCUUGUGGGGGAUAGGGACUAAGUUAUACUUGCCCCUUAUCUGUGGCAUAGGCGGGGGGAGAUAGUCGGUUUG